ACAUAAUGUGGACACCAAUAGCUACUACCACUACUACUACUACUGUUACACUAUGGCUACUAACAGUGACAACAGUUUGUUUGGUUUGCAAAUUGCCGGUAAUUUAUUGUACGGGUGUUAAUACUGGUGUCAACAAUGCCAUCAUUGAUGGUGGCGGUGGUGGCGGUGGUGGUGGUAACAGUGCUGGAGAUGAUGAUGAUAUAAUACAAUUGCCAGCAACAUAUGAUCAACCAUUUGCCACAAUACUGUUGUCUACUGUACUCACUGGAAAGGCAUCACUUCCAUGCGAUAUAACCCCAUCCACUGGUGACGAUCAGGUAGUACUAGUGCUCUGGUAUAAGGAUGAUGAGUUGGCACCAAUAUUCACAUUGGACUCUAGGAGAGGUAAUUUGAAUCAAGGACGUAUACUAUCAGCUGGCAUUUUAGAUGGGCGGGCCUAUUUUAAUACCCACUCGCGUCCGGCUUACCUACAGAUAGAGCCGGUAGAGGACAAGGAUGCCGGCGACUACCGGUGCCGUGUAGACUUCAAACGUGGCCGUACAGUCAACACUGUAAUCAAUCUUAAAGUUAUAGUUCCACCAAAAGAGCCGCAAAUAUUUGACGCCAACGAUAACCAACUGAACGGUAUUGUCGGACCAUUCAAUGAGGGCAACGAACUGACACUAAAGUGCUCCACACGUGGAGGCACUCCACGUCCAUCCCUGAGCUGGUGGAGAGAUUAUGCCAUUAUUGAUGACACGUUUGAAUUUGACGACAGAGAAGUGACAACAAAUCAAUUAACAAUAUCUCCACUCUCUCGACACCACUUACUAUCGGUGCUCAUGUGUCAGGCCGUCAAUAAUAACAUAACCGCUCCCUCGUCGACAUCCAUUACACUCGACAUGAAUUUAAAACCAACUGAAGUCCGUAUAACACAAUUGACACCCAUAUUGUUGACCCAACACGAGGCCCUGUUUGAGUGCAACUCCUAUGGGUCGCGACCCAUGCCUACAAUACAUUGGUUUUUUGAUGGCAAACGACACGAUACCAGAUCUCAUGGUGAAACCCAGACAUCCAGCACAUUGACUAUAACUGUGGACAGACAGCACAGGGGAUCGAUACUUGAAUGUGUGGCCCAAAACCCAAAGAUACCCAACUCUGGGAUUUCCGAUCAAAUCAAGCUCAACGUGCACUAUUCUCCACAAUUGCAUCUAACAUUGGGAACGCCGACAAUGAGUUUGGAUAACAUUCAGGAAGGGAUUGACAUCUAUUUUGACUGUCAUAUUGACGCCAAUCCCCGGCCAACGACACCAAUCCUAUGGCUGUUUAAUGGAAAUUCAUUGCAACCGCAACAAGGUAUCAUUGAAAGCAAUCAAUCGUUGGUUUUACAGCACGUGAAUCGUUGGCAAAGCGGUACCUAUCAGUGCCAAUCAACUAACCAAAUGGGAACAGCAAUCAGCAAUACUAUACAUUUAAGGAUUAGAUACGCACCCGUAUGUAGACAACAAUUCACACUGGUUUAUGGUGUGUCACUACAUGAGCUCAUAGCCAUUGAAUGUGAAGUCGAUGCCAAUCCAUCACAAGUGUCUUUCCAAUGGAAGUUUGAGUCCUAUACUAAUUUGGCUACAUUUAGCCAAAUCAAUGACUCCAGUUCAAUAUUGACUUAUACGCCUCACUCGACCCAAGAGUUUGGCCAAAUUGAGUGUACGGCCAAAAACCAGAUCGGCAUUCAACGGCAGUCAUGCAAAUAUCUGGUCACCCAAACCAUGGAACCAUACUUUCCCUAUGUGUGUACGGUUGUCAACCAGUCGGAUACGACACUGAUAGUUAAUUGUGCACAAAUCCAACAGCGCCUGGGGAUCGGCAGUCAGACAACUAACAGUGAUAAUCAACUGCCACUGACAACACCAACAUCACCGCCAGCUUAUCUAUACCACAAUACAUCCCAAGCACGUGUAGGUAGUAGUGGUAGUGUAGCCAAUAGUAUAAGUCAUGGUAAGCACCUGUCAACGGGUGGUGGUGUUGGCGGUGGUCGACAUGUAAUUAAUGGUAUUAAGGGACAGACAUCAUCACAACAACAACAAUCAAUACCCAGUGCUCAACAACAACAACAACCAUAUUUGAUAGUACAUCCCCAGACAUACUACGUGUGCGAAGUAUACGACACCCGAAACGGUAUGCAAUUGUUGCGCAACGUAUCGGUCGAUGCCAUAGGCCUUCAGCUGAUGAGACACAACACAUCGUUUGAUAUAUUCAUUGAUGAAUUGCCACCGAAAACUCAGCUGAAAUUACGUAUAUAUGCGGUCAAUGUACGCGGCUAUCGUAGUAAUGUGGAACUGGAUCUCCGGGCACAGACACUGAUGCCAGCCCAACGACUCAUCGACUUUGACGGCACUAAUAAUGGCCACAAUAACGGCAUUAAUAACAUUGCCAGCAAUUAUACCCUAUUUGAUGGUCAAUCGUUGUUUCAGUUAGACGGCAAACAUUUGAUUAUCGGUGUACUGAUUACGGCAGCCGCAGUAGCCGUAAUAGUGGUCAUUAUGGCCAUUGUUGCCGUAUUUAAGGUACGGUAUUCGUCGUCCAGUAUGCAGCUGACCAACGAACCGAUGAUCGGCAACGACGACCUGAACUGCGGCGAUCCGGGCGGCGAUACAGUCCAGGCCGAGACAAUGUUGGGCGGCGACGGUUGCGGCGGUGACUGUCUGGACGAUUGCCGAAGCGAUCAGCAACUGCUGAAGUGUGGCCAGACGUCCAGCGAGUGUUCGGUAGAUCCGUACAAAAAGGAUUACGACCUAAGCUAUAAUCGCAUGAUUAAUAAUCAUCAUAAAAGUACGGGCAGUCUGGGUCCGCCCGAUAUAAUACCGGUGCCCUACUAUAGUGGUGGUGGUGGCGGUGGCGGUGUCGGUAUGAAUGUAUGCUGUGAUAGUAGUAAUCAACUACAAUGUAAUAAUGAUUGUCCACUAAUAAGUGAUAAAACUCAAGUAUGCACUGGUGUUAACUGUUUUAUUAGCACCGGUGGUAGUGGUGGCGGCGGUGGUGGCGGUGGAGGCGAUAUCUGUGAUGAAUCAAACAGCUAUUUUGGUGACUACAAAAUGCAGGACCUGUACAGUAAAGGCGGUCGAGUUUAUGUCUAUAACAAAGAGGACACCAAUAAUAGCCAUUUAAUAGGUAUUACUACUAAUAAUAAUAGCAGCAAAACAUUGGCCAACAAUCACCAUAUGAUGACAACAACUACUACUACUACUACUAGUAAUACUACUACUGAUUAUCAAAAUGUUUUGCACGUUAACCUACUAUCACAAACAAAUCAUAAUAAUAAUAAUAAUAAUAGUGAAACACAUAUUAGACAACAACAACAUAGGCUAACAGUGCUUGUAAUGGUUGGUAGUGUUGGUGGUGAUGAUGGUGUUGGUAGUGAUGAUGAUGUGUUUAAAACUUAG